AUGGGCAAGGUGAUACCAGCCAGGCGGCUGUCUGCAAGGAGAUAUCAGGCGGGCAACUAUGGGCAAGGUGAUACCAGCCAGGCGACUGUGGCAAGCGUGUUCUCACCAGCGCGCGACAUUCCACCCCUGGCCACCGUCCAGGGCGCACAGAGGCCCGAGCAGGAGCCAGGCCAGGGGAAACAACCCGGCGUCCAAGAAGCCACUGACCCCUCCAUCCCCCCCAGAGGAGACCCAGCUCGGAGCACGGGGUGUGACACACAUGUGGCUGUCCUCGGCCGCUUGGACGUCAUAGAAGAGACGGUGGAGAAGACGGUGGAGCACCUGGAGGCCGAAGUGAAAGGCCUGCUGAGCCAGCUGGAGGGGCUGGCCUGGAACCUGCCCUCGGGGCCCUUCAGCCCGACCCCCGACCUCCUGGGAGAUGAUCGUUAGUGAGUCGGGAGAUGGAGUUGUCCAGCAGCUGGAAGUAAUACACCUGCCCGACAGCUCUCCUCUGAGCCUUGCACCUGGCCUUCCUCCCUCCGCUUUGUGCAAAUAAAGCUACUCCUCUGACCCAGC